AUGGACUUGGCAGGCGUGCUGCUGGCGCUGCUCCUCGUGCUGGUGCUGGUUGUCUCUCUGCUCUCCAACCUCCUGGUGCUGCUAUGCUUCGUCUACAGUACGGAGAUCCGCAAGCAGGUCGCCGGGGUUUUCCUGGUGAACUUAUCCUUCUGCAACCUGCUUCUCACCGUUCUGAACAUGCCUUUUACCCUGCUGGGCAUCCUGAGGAACCAGCAACCCCUCGGGGGCUGCGUCUGCAAGGCGGUGGGUUUCCUGGAAACUUUCCUGACUUCCAACACAAUGCUGAGCAUGGCAGCGCUCAGCAUCGACAAAUGGAUUGCCGUGGUGUUCCCCCUAAGCUACACCAGCAAGAUGCGGUAUAAGGACGCUGUGAUACUGAUGGGCUACUCGUGGCUCCACUCCCUCACGUUCCCCUUGGUAUCUUUGUUUUACUCAUGGGUAGAUUACAACAGCGUUUACGCCUCUUGCACCUUACACCUGAAGGAAGAGACGGAGAGGAGAAGGUUUACAGUGUUCACCAUUGUCUUUCACUCCACCAGUUUCAUGCUGUCUCUGGUGAUCUUGUGUUUCACCUAUUUAAAGGUGUUGAAAGUUGCCCGGUUCCACUGCAAGCGGAUAGACAUUAUUACCAUGCAGACUCUGGUUUUGCUGGUGGAUAUCCACCCCAGUGUGAAGCAGCGCUGCCUGAACGAGCAGAAAAGGAGGAGGCAGCGGGCUACCAAGAAAAUCAGUAUUUUUAUAGGGUCGUUCGUGAUCUGUUUUGGUCCUUACAUUAUCACCAGGUUGAUAGAGCUCAUUCCUUUUGUUACCAUAAAUUACUACUGGGGAAUUAUAAGCAAGUGCCUCACCUACAGUAAGGCUGCAUCAGAUCCGUUUGUUUACUCACUUUUGCGUCAACAGUACAAAAAAGUUCUGAUCAACAUCGUCAACAGGAUACUGAAGAGGGACCUGUAUCCAUCAUCAGGGUACAACAGUUCUCUCGACACUGAAAAUGAUUACUGCUUGCACAGAACAAACUGA